AUGAAAUGGGUAAGUAGGUUCACGAGUAAACUAAAAAGAUAUAAUAAUAAUGUAAAAAGGAAUAUUUUUAUUAUAAAUAUGUAUCAGUAUAGCUCAAAAAAUGAAAUAAAUAAUAAAAAGAAAAAUGAUUAUAUUUUAUCACUAGAUGAAGCAUUAUAUUUGUCAAAAGAAAUGGGUAUUAAGACAACCACAGAGAUACAAAAAAUCAUUAUGAGAUCACCUCCUUUUUCCUCAGAUGCAAGCCCCUUUGUUAUUGAAAAUUUUUUAAGUAAUAUAAAAAAGGAUGAUGAUUUAAAUGAAAUAAUAAAAAUUGAUAGAAAAAUUAAAGAUUUAGAGGAAGAAAAAGAAGAAAAAAAAAAGGAAGAUGCAUUGAAUACUCCUCACAUAAAUGAAAACGAAAAGAAAGGUAAUAAUAUUAUAAAUAAAUUUCUGAUUAGUAAUUUUAACAAAAAAAGAAACAAGACAUUUUUCCAUGAUAAUAAAGAGUGGUUAGAAGAAUCAGAAGGAAUAGGUACAAAUAAAAGAUCUUGUGCAUAUGUAUAUAUAAAAAGAGGUUCUGGAGUUGUCAAAAUAAAUAAUCAAGAAGAUUUAUAUAUUAGAUGGCCUUAUUUCUAUAACAGAAUUGAUGUAUUGGAACCUUUUUAUUUAACAAAUACAGAAUGCAUAUAUGAUGUAUUUAUAAAAUUAAAAGGAGGGGGAAUAAGUGGCCAAUCUAAAGCUGCUAGAUUAGCUAUAGGAAGAGCCUUAUUAAAUGCUUGCCCACUUAUUUAUAAUGAUCUAGUACAACAUGAUAUUUUAUAUGAAGAUAUGAGACAAAAAUUCCCUAAAAUGCCAGGAAGAAAAAAAUCAAGGUCCAUGAAGCAGUGGUCAAAAAGAUAA